GAGUGUUUUCAUCACAUUUACCACCGCGGUAAUGUAGUUAUAAUCUGCACCAGUUGCAAUGAAUACUAUCAGGAUCCGGAAAAAGUGGUGCUUUGGUAUCAUUUUUGCAUGGAUUGUACUUAUUGGCUUCCUGCUUGUUCCGCAACACCAAACACCCUCUGUGGGACUGGAUAGAGAGAUUAAAGCCUUAAAUCAUUUACAUGUACCCGGAAAAAAUGAACUACCUGUCAUUCAGCCCAUAGUUGUCCAAAACAUGACAAUUCACAACGACAGAAAAGCAGCUCCCGGAAGGUCAGACAGCUUGGACAACAGUUCAAAGUCCCAGACGCCAUACAGACUGAGGGAUAAGUUGGUGUAUGUCCACAACAGCUCACAACACAUGUCUCCAUUGAAGGCCGUUGGCAAGAAAAACGCAGGUGGAAACAAAAACGGAACCAGGGGUUUACUUCCGUUUAGCUUCAAGACAGUUACACGGGAAUAUACGGAACUCAUAAACUGGGCAUAUUUUACAUCCAAGAGGGAUAUAAUUUUGAAUAGCCAUUCAUUUUCAUUCAGCAUACUUCCAAAACAGAUAAAGAAUGAACAUCCUUUCCUGAUCAUAAUGGUUUUAUCCAUUGCCAGAUAUCACAGAACAGCAAUACGGCAAACAUAUGGCAGUGUUGCGAAUGGGCAAAGGUGGCCUGGAAGUAAUCUACCUUUGAAUACAAAGUUGAUAUUUUUGUUUGGGCGGACACUCUCAGAUGAUUAUGAAGCUGUUCUUAAAGAAGAAAGCAAAAUAUAUGGAGAUAUUUUACAAGGUAACUUUGAUGAUACCUUUCACAAUGUUACACUGAAGGUUUUAUCAGGCAUUAAGUACGUUGUGGAGUAUUAUCCUGAUACACAGUACGUCUUAAAGGCGGACGACGACACUUUCACAGAUGUUGAUCGUCUUGUGAGAUUACUGAAGAGUCUGCAACCUGUGAAUUCAGUUCUUGGAAAUAUCAUUAUGUCUCCUCGUGUUCUUAGAGUGGGCAAACGGGCACUCACAGAGGAUGUCUACCCUUUCGUAAUGUUUCCGCGUUACGCAGCGGGUCAUACCUAUGUUCUGGCAAUGGAUUUGGGAAAAUGUAUUGCUGAAAAAGCCAAGUUCCUUCCAUACGUCUUCAUAGAGGAUACAUUCAUAACUGGAAUAAUGGCCGCUGUGUGUAAUGCCACGCAGUAUCACGUUGAUGGGUUUUCAGGUUUGGAGGAAGGUACUCCUUUCUCCAUACAGUUUGUGAAAGGAAGAAAGAUAUCUGGCAAUGGCGUGCCAGAUAAACUAAAGCAUAAGAUUUGGAAAGCGUUGCGGAAGCUGUAUCCGUGA